CUUAACAUCUUUCAUGUGUUGUUGCAACGAAGCUAUACGGAUUCCGACAUUUUGUAAUACUAAUAUUGUUAUAGUGACAUGUGGUGGAAUCCAUUGUGUUUGCCUGACUAAACGUGUGUCAGUACAUGGGUAGGAGUAAGUCGUUUAAUGCUAAAUAUAUUAUUCAUGAACAGGUCACACAAUUUACUGUAGUACCACUUAUAAAUACUAUCGUCCAAUCACAAUUUACCUUUACCAUGACGUCAGUACUCCCGAAGGGAUUCUGCGCGACCCAGGUGACUAGUUUAUAACUAUGCCUGACCGUCACAAGGUGAGUACAGUUACCUCGUGUCGCCAUAUCAAGAACCGCGUCGCUAUUAGGACUGUCUCUGAGGUUGAAGCUGCACAGGAGGUAUCAAGGAUGAUGAGCCUGGACAUAGUGGUGAUGGCGCUGACGCUCUUGUUACCAUGUCAAAAGGCUGCUGGCGCCUUACCUUCGUUUACAGAAGGAAGUGGAGAGUUACUUAAUCCCUACCAGGCAGCUUCCGUGGUACUUGAACCUACUUCAAAACCUCGCAACUCCAUCAUCCUCCUCACUGAUGACAGGAACUCCCACUUCUCUGAUUCCGGGGAUCUAUGUCAGCUGGUGGCUCCCUGGGGUGUGGCGGUGUUCGAGGUGGCAGUGGACGGCCAGGACGCUAACGUGACGCAGGCGCAGCUCUCCCGGGUGGUCGACAAGGCUCGGCGGCUACGGCAGGUGUCAUGGUGCGUGACGGUGGUGGGAGCGAUGACCCAGCCUUCCUCGCCGCCUUCGCUGAGCGGUCCUCAAGGGCCGCCUCCUGGUGUGUGGUCAACGAGGCUCCUCGUCGUCACCCGCCGGCCCCUUCCUGAGGCAGUGAGACCCAAUGGCCUCCCAUUGACUUCUAUGAUGAACACCAUGUUGGUUAUUUUGAAGAUGCUCUUAUGCAACCCAGUAAUAUCAUGA